UAUUUCUGAAGUUAUAAGAGGGUGAGAUGAGAACUGUGAGAGGGAGGAGGGGGAUAAGGGUCUCCUAAUCCCCUUUAAUCCUCUAGAUCCACAAGAAUUAAUUUUUUCAAGUCUCUUUUUCCCCUUUAAUCAACAAGACCCAUCGAUUAAAAUGUGAAGAAAUAACAGAUAAAAAAUUCGAGUUGAUCAAAAAGUUGUAGGUCUUCAGAGUAAAUAGGUCUUCUGAGUGUAGGUCCUCAGGGUGUAGGUCUUCAGAGUGUAGGUCCUCAUGGUUGUCCCCAAAAAGUCCCCCCACCCAACCCUCAGUAGCUUCCAAAAAAUAUUUUAUUGCUUAAAAUUGAAAGGAGCUCAACUUCCUUAUUCUGUUCCAUCAUUAAAAGCAAAAAUUAUUCUAGCAGCAUUCCCAUUAAAAAUCACAAAACAAAAAAUGAUAGCUAAUCAGGCUUGUAUUUUCAAAGAAAAAUAA